AUGGCAGCUGCUCUACAGGGACACCUGGUCCAUCCAGAAGGUCGAACAUGGAAGACUCACUUCCCGGAAGGCGAUCUCUGGGUAUUUGGUUAUGGGAGCUUGAUCUGGAAGCCACCUCCACAUUAUGACCAACGUGUGCCAGGCUAUGUCAGUGGCUACGUGCGACGAUUCUGGCAGGCUAGCUCUGAUCACCGAGGCACUCACGAAAAUCCCGGUCGAGUAGUUACUGUCAUUGAACGAAGCUUCUGGGAGACUCUAGACGACCCACUAGAAUCUGAAUCCGCUUCCACCGGCAAAGUCUGGGGAGCAGCAUACCACAUCCCAGCCUCGCAUGCCGAGGAAGUUCACGACUAUCUCGAUGAGCGAGAAAUCAACGGCUACACAGCCCACUACACGCCAUUCCAUCCCACAGUCGACAUGGCCGGGGAUCAAGGCACACCCAUCAUUUGUAUGGUCUACAUUGGCCAACCGUCUAACUCGCAGUUCCUGCGGGAGGCGGAGGAUCGGGACCCGCAGCAGGUUGCUCAGGUUAUCAGCUCGAGUCAUGGUGCUAGCGGGAAGAAUACCGAGUAUCUGUUCAUGCUGGAGAAGGCGCUCGAGGGGAUUGGACUUGGCACGGCGGAUGUGCACGUUACGGAUCUGGUGAAGAGGGUCAAGGCCAUUGAAGCUGAGGGUCUGGGAGAUGCAGAGGAGAAGGACGCUGAGCUUUAUGUGACCAAGUCUUUGGAGGGGGCAGCCAAAGAUCCUGCUCAUGCCAAUGGCCGUGCGACGAUCGAGUGA